AGCUCCCAGCCCAGCCGCAGAGAAUUUAGUGGGGAGAGGAGGAGUGGAAGGGACUACGCCCCGAAGUGGCCGACCCUCCCUCAAACCCUUCGGGUCAAAGGAUCGUUCCCCUUUUACCCCCUUCUCACCACCACCCCCAGUGGGCCGGAGGGGCCCAUGCAGCCGUUAAGCUCUUCUUCCAGGGAGAGGAUAGUGGUAAAAGACCGAGCUGGAUGGAUGGGUAUGGGGAGAGGGGCAGCACCUACAGCCCUGGGAUUCUUGCAGACCCUCGCUGUCUUUCUCUGCAUCUUCCCUGCAGCCACUUCUCCGUGCAAGAUCCUCAAGUGUAACUCCGAGUUCUGGACUGCGACAUCAGGCGCUCACUACCCGGGAUCUGAGGACGCCCCUGAAUUCUGCACCGCUCUGCGGGCCUACUCUCACUGUACCCGGCGCACAGCCCGCACCUGCCGAGGGGACCUGGCCUACCACUCAGCUGUCCAUGGCAUAGAAGACCUCAUGAGCCAGCACAAUUGCUCCAAGGAUGGCCCCACCUCACAGCCCCGUCUCCGAACCCUCCCACCAGGAGACAGUCAGGAACGGUCAGACAGCCCAGAAAUCUGUCACUACGAAAAGAGCUUUCAUAAACAUUCAGCUCCCCCCAACUACACGCAUUGUGGGUUGUUUGGGGACCCUCACCUCAGAACUUUCACGGACCAUUUUCAGACCUGCCAAGUACGAGGGGCUUGGCCCCUCAUUGACAAUAAUUACCUGAAUGUGCAGGUGACCAACACUCCUGUGCUACCAGGAUCUUCAGCUACCGCCACCAGCAAGUUAACAAUCAUCUUCAAGAACUUCCAGGAGUGUGUGGAUCAGAAGGUCUACCAAGCGGAAAUGGAUGAGCUCCCUGCAGCAUUUGCCGAUGGCUCCAAGAACGGUGGCGACAAACACGGGGCCAACAGCCUGAAGAUUACAGAGAAGGUUUCUGGCCAGCACGUGGAGAUCCAGGCCAAGUACAUCGGUACCACCAUCAUCGUGAGGCAGGUGGGCCGAUACCUGACUUUUGCCGUGAGAAUGCCGGAAGAGGUUGUCAAUGCGGUGGACGACAGGGACAACCAGGGGCUCUACCUCUGUCUCCGGGGCUGCCCCCUUAAUGAGCAGAUUGACUUCCAAUCCUUCCAUGCCUCGGAGAGCUGGAGCACCCGGAGAAAGGGGCCCAGCCCUCCUGUUCCCCCUCCGGAGGUCUUCACAUAUGAGACAGCCACGGCCAGGUGCAAGGAGAAGCUGCCUGUGGAGGAUCUCUACUUCCAGGCCUGCGUGUUUGACCUGUUGACCACAGGGGAUGUGAACUUCACACUCGCUGCUUACUAUGCUUUUGAGGACGUCAAGAUGCUGCAUUCCAAUAAGGACAAAUUGCACCUGUACGAACGGACACGGGACUUACCUGGUAACGCGGCAGCCUCGGGACAGUGCCAGGAGCUUGUCCUUUCCCUCGCGGCUGUAGUGUGCUGUUUGAUCUCGCUGUUCUCUUAGGUAUUUGUUGUGCAACCUAGAAGAAAUAGACUUUAGAGCAGAAGGAGAGAGCAGCCCCUUGCCGGGGACCUGCGAAAGGGAGGGAAUAACCAGGUAGUGAGCCCUUCCAGGAGCAAAGGAAAUCUUCUCGCUUCUCCGUCACCUGUCUUCUCCCUCCAAAGAGAAGGGAUGGGAACGUACUGAUCCAACAGUCAGGCUGCUGGAAGACUGUUAGCUCGUGCAGACAGAUCUUGGCUUCCUUUGCUGGCAAGGGUGGCGGCUAUCACUGCCCACUGCCUAGUUCCUGCUCUCUUAGUAGUGCUACGAGGCUAUAGUGACUGUGAUGUUGGCUUUUGUGAAAGUAGCAUUGUGUUUGGUUAUUGGGUGGCCGCAGCUGCCUGGCCAUUUCACCAAAAUGGGGGUGAAAGAGAUCCCGUGUCCCCCAAUUCCUCGCUGCCCCUCCCCAUGGUAUGAAUGUGCAAACCACAAGACGCCCUGCACUGUGUGCCUCAUGGAACACUAAAUUAGACUCCUGUUUCUCAGAACACACACACACACACACACCCCACUUGAACAGUCAAAUGCAUGCCCCAAAGCAUGCACACUUAAAAUGCACUGGUUUCUACUCACACUCAGACAAAUGUGCGCGCACACACACACACACACACACACACACACACACCACAUACACACAGCCUUAUAUCAAACUAACAAGUACCCCACAGCCACACUCACACAUAAACACAGAAAAUUCACAGGUCUCCCACGAAGGAGUUUCCUUCCCACAUGCAUUCUCUCAUGGCCUGCAGGCCCCAAAAGCUGGGUUUGAGGAAAUCCUGGUGGUACCUAAUUAUAUAGUAGACUUUCAGCAGCUUUUUUUUUUGCUCUUUGUUUCCCUGGAGGGUGAUAUGUUCUCUGCGAUGGUGCACUUUUGCCAUCUCCAAAAGGUGUUUGCAGGUACAAGAGGUGCUAAGAGUUCAAAGAAUUUAGUUCUUGUACCCACGCAGCUCACCCUGGCUUCCUGAUAGCAUCCCUAAGUGACGGAGCUGGCGUCAUCUGGUUUGUCACAGCUCCAGAGUGUCGUAACAGAGCCGGAAACUCCAUUUGCAAACAGCAGAAAAAUGCAAUUUGUGUUCUUAGAUGUAACUUAUAUUGUCUCCAGUAUACAGAAUCCUUUCCAUUAACAUGUCCUUUAUUCUCUCCCCCAGUAUGACUGUACAUAUGAAGAGAUAUAAUUGGUUUUAAAUGUUUAAACAGAAAAAUGUGUUUACUACUUCUGCUCCUUCCUGUGUGGUGAUGGCAAGUGUUACUUGAGAGGGAGAUAUAGAGUAGGAAUAUAGGAACAGGGCAAGCCAUGGAGACACCAUAGUGGAUGGGGCCAGCUGGCCUGCCCUGUUCGCCUCCAUUUUCCUGUUUCCUGACCUCAGGAAACCCUUUGUUGCCUCCCUCCAUGAAAUGGCAGCCUUUCCUCUACUUCCCUAUCCUACUGCUGCUUAAUUCUGGAUCUCAGGGGGGCAAAUAAGACAUGUCUGCCCAACUGAUAUAUCUCCCUACCCUUCCUACUGCCCUCCCUAAGCACAGGGCCCCUUGCUCCCUAUGGAGGUUGGGGUGAAAGGACAUCUUCCUUGCUGGUCCUUCACCAUUGACUCUAGUGGGUGGAAAGAGGGAAAAAAAAUCUCUCGAUUGCUACAUCAGCUUGAACUUACAACCAUUAUCCCCACUUCUUGCAUAGAAAGGACAUGGGAAUUUCUCAAAUGUAGAGAGGUGGCCCUUGAAAAUCUGUGCUUGAAAACAUGGGACACCUUUUAGAGGUGUCCCACAGAAAAGGCAAGCUGGCCUGUGCGGAUCUGGGGCUGGCCUCUUCAUUGCUCUUCCCUGCCCUCAUCCCAUAAAACACUUUAUCCAGAAGGACUUUCAACAUAUCAGCCAAUAAGCAUUGCCAAGGGAGCUACUGACUGCCUUCCUGGAGGCUGUUCCCUUUAGGACCUCUCUUGCGUGGGCUCAAUGGGUCCAGGCCUUUCUUGGCAGCAAGGACAAGCUUAUCUCCAAGAAGUUUAGUUCUCUCUGCCUAAGCCACAAAGCAUGGCAGGAAGGGAACACCUUACUGCUCAUUGUAAGACUAUCCUGUUGGGAGUACAAAGUGAAGCACUUUAUUUUGGUUGUGUUUGAUCAAGUUCUACUUAAAAAGGUGAAGAAACCUCACCAUGUCCUUGUGUGUAAAACCUAUGUGGAGUGUCACCGCAUGUACAUACUGUAAAUUAUUUAUUGAUGAGAUAAUGCAAGUAAAGUUUGGUUGUUCCUUUU